CUAUAGCUCCGGAAGCGGCGAAUGCGCUUGGUCACGGACUGGAAGCGGCGCUGCUUUGAGGAAAGGCUCCGUCUCGUUUCGCCCUUUUACCGCCCCGGGAGCGCCGAGCAGGCCCGGACUGCGACGCCGUGGCACCAUGAUCACUUCAGCCGCUGGAAUAAUUUCUCUUCUGGAUGAGGAAGAGCCAGAACUCAAGGAAUUUGCCCUCCACAAACUGAACGCAGUGGUCAAUGACUUUUGGGCCGAGAUCUCUGAAUCGGUAGAUAAAAUUGAAAUUCUGUAUGAAGAUGUUGGGUUUCGUAGUCGGGAAUUUGCCGCGUUGGUGGCUUCGAAAGUGUUCUAUCACUUAGGGGCUUUUGAAGAAUCCCUAAAUUAUGCCCUGGGAGCCGGCAAUCUUUUCAACGUCAACGACAAUUCGGAAUAUGUAGAAACCAUUAUUGCAAAAUGCAUCGACCACUACACCAAGCAGUGUGUGGAAAAUGCAGACUUGACGGAAGGGGUGCAGAAAGCCGUGGACCCUCGCCUGGAAGGGAUUGUAAACAAGAUGUUUCAGCGCUGCUUAGACGAUCACAAGUACAAGCAGGCCAUUGGCAUCGCCCUGGAGACCCGGAGGCUGGACAUCUUUGAGAAAACCAUUCUGGAAUCGAACGAUGUUCCCGGAAUGCUGGCCUACAGCUUGAAGCUUUGCAUGUCUUUGAUGCAAAAUAAACAGUUCCGCAAUCAAGUGCUAAGAGUUUUGGUGAAAAUUUACAUGAACCUGGAGAAGCCUGAUUUCAUCAAUGUCUGCCAGUGUCUCAUUUUCUUGGAUGACCCACAAGCCGUGAGCGACAUCCUGGAGAAGCUGGUGAAGGAGGACAACCUCCUCAUGGCUUACCAGAUCUGUUUCGACUUGUACGAAAGCGCCAGUCAGCAGUUCCUCUCCGCGGUGAUCCAGAACCUCCGCAGCGUCGGCACCCCCAUUGCUUCCGUGCCCGGAUCUACCAACACGGGGACGGUGGCUGGGCCCGAAAAAGAAGGAGAGCUGAUGGAGACAGAAGAGAAGACAGGCAGCCCCGUUGCCACAGUGAAGGCAGCUCAGACGAAUCCAGGAACAAAAGACCAGAUUCCAAAAAUGAUAAAGAUUUUAAGUGGGGAAAUGGCCAUUGAAUUGCACCUGCAGUUUUUAAUACGAAACAACAACACGGACCUCAUGAUUCUAAAAAACACUAAGGAUGCGGUGCGGAAUUCUGUGUGUCAUACCGCCACUGUCAUCGCCAAUUCCUUCAUGCAUUGUGGAACAACCAGCGACCAGUUCCUCAGAGAUAAUUUGGAGUGGCUUGCGAGAGCUACCAACUGGGCCAAGUUUACCGCUACGGCCAGCCUUGGUGUCAUUCAUAAGGGUCACGAAAAGGAAGCCCUUCAGCUGAUGGCCACGUACCUGCCCAAGGACACCUCUCCGGGCUCUGCCUACCAGGAAGGGGGCGGUCUCUACGCCCUGGGGCUCAUCCAUGCCAACCACGGAGGCGACAUCAUUGACUACCUGCUCAACCAGCUGAAGAACGCCAGCAACGACAUAGUUCGGCACGGGGGAAGCCUGGGGCUGGGCUUAGCUGCCAUGGGGACAGCACGUCAAGACGUCUAUGAUCUCCUCAAAACCAAUCUGUACCAAGAUGACGCAGUGACCGGCGAAGCUGCCGGUCUGGCUCUGGGCCUGGUGAUGCUGGGAUCCAAAAACGCCCAGGCCAUCGAGGACAUGGUGGGCUAUGCCCAGGAGACCCAGCACGAGAAGAUUUUAAGGGGCUUGGCGGUGGGCAUCGCCCUGGUGAUGUACGGUCGGAUGGAGGAAGCCGAUGCCCUCAUAGAGAGCCUCUGCAGAGAUAAGGACCCAAUUCUCCGCCGUUCGGGGAUGUAUACCGUCGCAAUGGCUUAUUGCGGCUCAGGAAACAACAAAGCCAUCAGGCGUCUGUUGCACGUGGCGGUGAGCGAUGUGAACGAUGACGUCAGACGGGCGGCUGUGGAAUCUCUGGGCUUUAUUUUGUUCAGGACUCCCGAACAAUGUCCAAGCGUCGUUUCCUUGUUGUCCGAAAGCUACAAUCCGCAUGUCCGCUACGGAGCAGCGAUGGCCUUGGGGAUCUGCUGUGCUGGGACAGGAAACAAGGAAGCAAUUAAUUUGUUGGAGCCCAUGACAAACGAUCCUGUCAACUACGUGCGUCAGGGAGCGCUGAUUGCGUCGGCCCUGAUCAUGAUCCAGCAGACCGAAAUUCUCUGCCCAAAGGUCAGCCAGUUUAGGCAACUUUAUUCCAAGGUCAUCAACGAUAAACACGACGACGUGAUGGCUAAAUUUGGAGCAAUCCUGGCUCAGGGCAUAUUGGAUGCAGGUGGCCACAACGUCACAAUUUCUCUGCAGUCAAGGACCGGCCACACGCACAUGCCUUCGGUGGUCGGCGUCCUGGUCUUCACCCAGUUCUGGUUCUGGUUUCCUCUGUCCCACUUCUUGUCCCUGGCGUUCACUCCGACCUGCGUGAUCGGCCUCAACAAGGACCUCAAGAUGCCCAAAGUGCAGUACCGGUCCAACGUCAAGCCCUCCACAUUUGCCUACCCAGCACCCUUGGAAGUGCCAAAAGAGAAGGAGAAAGAAAAGGUUUCCACAGCCGUGCUGUCCAUCACUGCGAAAGCCAAGAAAAAGGAGAAAGAGAAAGAAAAAGAGAAAAAAGAAGAGGAGAAAAUGGAAGUGGAAGAAGCAGAGAAGAAGGAGGAGAAGGAGAAGAAGAAGGAGCCCGAACCCUCUUUCCAGAUCCUUGACAAUCCAGCGCGGGUGAUGCCAGCCCAGCUGAAGGUGCUCACCAUGCCAGACAGUUGCCGGUACCAGCCUUUCAAGACUCUCUCCAUUGGGGGCAUCAUCGUCUUGCGAGACACCAGCGAGGACACGGAAGAGCUGGUGGAGCCCGUGGCGGCCCACGGGCCCAAGAUAGAGGAGGAGGAACAGGAGCCGGAGCCCCCCGAGCCCUUUGAGUACAUUGACGACUAGGAUCAGACGGGCCGCCCGCGAGGGAGUCUGGCGCAGCGUCCCGGCGUUCGGAGCCCCCCCGGGAGGAAGCCACGGUGGCCAGCCGCCACUCAGCGCAUGUCCCAGCCAACGCUUCUCCGCUGGCCGUCCCACCGAUCCACCGAAGACGACCGCUCUUCUCCUUAGCGUACUCUUUCACGAGAAACCGGUUUUUGAAAUAAAUUAAUAAAAAACACACACAAAAAAAAACCCCACCCAAGGGCCAAAAAAAAAAAAA